CUUUAGAGGGCGAUGGAAGACCUUCAAUGUGAGAUAUUUGCUGUGGAAGAAGAGAGUCUGACAGCGACGAGCACUGAAGUCUUUUAAAACGCAUCGUCAUGACAACAGUCCAAGUGCCUGGUAUUCCACGUGAGACGUCGUGGAUCUCCGCGUGUCCCGGUGGUCUGUGGGAGGUUCGCCGGCGGUGGCUUGGAGAAAGACAACGAGAUGACUUAACGCCGAUGAUGGGCUCACUAUGUAAGGUCAAGGUGCGGCGAAGUACUGUUACGGAGGGAGAAACACAACAUACUGCUUCUCAAGAGCAGGAAUCAACAGCCAGCGUUGAUUCUAGCGAGCAAGCUACCUCAUACCCCCGCUCGCAGGACUCGGCACUGCAGGUUCCACUGGAUGAGUGGUGCUUGUUGUGCAUGGGCGAAGGGCAGUGUGACAUUACAGAGGGCUGCCUGGAAGGGAUGAGGGCUGGAGAGAUGUGUGAGUUUACAAUAAGUGCCUGGAAUGCAAUGAACUCCAAAGCAGCGGGCAGUGAUGCUAUUGGUACCCAGACUGAAAAUACAACAGGACAGGGAUCGUCUCAGCAGUCUGACUGCUUUACACUUCAGCUUCACUCUUUAACCCCAGGGCAGGAGUCUUGGCAGAUGACAUCUGGAGAGAAAUGGGCUUGGGUGCUGUCUCACAAGCAAAGGGGUGGUCAGCGGUUUGGGAAGGGCGAUAUCUGGGGUGCGGCAGACUGCUACUGUAGAGCGGUGAAACUGGCAAUAACUUUAAAUGGCAAGACAAGAAGAAAGCCAGUAGACGAGGUGUCUAAAGAAGGUGUGGAUGAAGAUGAUGAUGAUGAUGCAGCUUUGACGCCAUGCUUUGAUAAAGAAAAUGAGCAGGCAGUUGCUGAUGUGUCCAUUCCAACUGAGGAGGAGUACAAAACUGUAAAAGCAGAACUUCACUGCAAUCUUUCUUUAUGCCAACUUAAGUUAGGCCAGCUUGGUAAGUCCAGAGACAGCAGUAUCAAGGCCACUGAGCUGAACCCAAGGAGCACUAAGGCCUGGUACCGGCUUGGGCAAGCUUGCCUUCAACUGGGUGAACUGGAGGAAUCUCGCAUGGCCUUUGGAAAGAUUCUGGAACUCCAGCCUGAUUCUGCAUCGGCUCGCACUGCUCUGAAACAAGUGAACUCUAGAUUAAAGGACUUAGACAGUAAACUCGGUCAAAGGCUGAGCAAGAUGUUUAACUAGAAAGUUGGGAAUUACAAAAGCAGAACAUGUGCAUAUGUAUGAAAAUUAUAAAAACUGUAAAGUGCCCAGAAGUUGUUUUGGGUCUUUCCUUGUAGCUUAAAGGAUUAGUUCACUUCCAGACUAAAAAUUUCCUGAUAAUUUACUCACCCCCA